AAAUUAGUGGAAUUCCUACUAUAUCGAUUAUAAAGAUUAUAGUUCAAGUUGGUCCAGGUUAGUCAAUCAAUUUAGAAAAAUGGCUAAUCAAGCUACAGCUGUUGCUCGCCAAGUGAGACCAAUUUUAUCUAUAAACAGAGAAGAUGCACGUCGAAAAGUGCUUACAUUGUAUAAAGCAUGGAUUCGUCAGGUGCCAACGUCGUUGCUAAGUUAUGAUAUUCCCAAGAAUGAAGCAGACUGUAAGCAAAAGAUACGUGAAGAGUUCAAACGUCAUGCUCACGUGACUGAUUUAAGAAUCAUAGAUCGGCUUAUUAUAAGGGGUCAAAUGGAAUUGCAAGAAGUAGCUAAUGUUUGGAAACCUAAAGGACAAGUAAUGUAUUAUUGGAAGGAAACAUGGGAAAAGAAACCAACUGAUUUCAUGUCAAAAUUUCUUAGAGGCCAAGAUUAAUUUCUGCCAUUAAUAAUCGUAAUCUUAAUGAUUGCAUUCUAGAAAUAUAUAAUUGUAAUAAUUUAUGUAUAUAUAAAAUAUGUAAAUAUAUAAGAAUUUCAUCUCUGAUUUGGGGUAGAUGUACAUUCUGUUAUAAUUAUCUGUGAAAUAAAAAUGAACAGUAUAUUA